UUGACACACGGUUUCUCUCUUCGUAUUGCAACUAUAUAUAUUAAACAUGAACGACUCAUUCUUCCUAUCAUAUCAUUGUCCGUUUUCAAAGGCUAUCACUAAAUCCCAUUCUUCAUCUGCAGCUAUUUGGAUUGCUGAUUAUUGUUAACUGAUAUUGGUGCUUUUCUUUGAGAAAGUGUGUACACUUUUUGGAUAAGAGAAAACAAGAGAGGUGACAUUGGAAGCUAACUCAGAGAGAGGCAAAGAUGUUGGGAAUUUUCAAGCAGAAGUUGGUUAAUGCACCCAAGGAGCUGAACAGUCCAGCUUCUUUGAAUUCAUGCAUUAAGCCUAAGCUAAGUCAUGAAAUCCUGAAGGAUUUCAUGUCCUGCAAUUCCUCCAAUGCUUUCUCAAUGUGCUUUGGGAAUGAUGCUUUGCUAGCCUAUUCCACUUCAUACAAGCCCUCCAUUAAUCAUAGGUUAUUUUCUGGAUUGGAUAACAUAUACUGUGUUUUCCUGGGUGGCCUGCACAACCUUAGCAUGCUCAACAAGCAGUAUGGACUAUCAAAGGGAACAAAUGAGGCCAUGUUUAUCAUUGAAGCAUAUCGUACACUUCGCGACAGGGGUCCAUACCCUGCUGAUCAAGUCCUCAAAGAACUUGAAGGCAGUUUUGCAUUUGUGAUCUAUGACAACAAGGAUGGAACAGUUUUUGUUGCAUCUGGUUCUAAUGGCCAUAUUGGGCUCUACUGGGGUAUUGCAGGUGAUGGUUCUGUUAUAAUUUCUGAAAAUCUGGAGCUUAUAAAAGCAAGUUGUGCUAAAUCAUUUGCACCAUUUCCAGCUGGGUGUAUGUUUCAUAGUGAACACGGUCUCAUGAACUUUGAGCAUCCAACACAGAAGAUGAAAGCAAUGCCUCGGAUUGACAGCGAGGGGGUUAUGUGCGGGGCCAACUUCAAUGUUGACUCUCAGUCAAAGAUCCAGGUGAUGCCACGUGUUGGAAGUGAAGCUAAUUGGGCAACUUGGGGCUAACAAGCUUAGCUGAUUCUUAGUCCAGCAUUUUUCUUUCUAAGUGGUUAAAAGUGUAACCUAAUAUGAUGAGUGUGAGACUCUUUGCUUUUAGCCCGUUUGGAUAUCUGCUUUUCUCGUUUGGUUCCAUUGUUGUGUACAUAUUCAUACUUCAAUAUUGAACAUGACUAUGGUAAUUUCUAAUAUGUAUAACAAGUUUUAGUUUUUGACUUAAAUUAUUAAGUGGGUAUUUGAUUUUA